AACACCCAUUUCAACUCAAUCCGAAAGCGAUUCCCAAACCCCAAUUAUUCACUCUUUUAAAUCCCAACACCAAUAUAUACCACUCUGCACUCUGCACUCUGCACUACCACCCACUACGAUGGCCACAGACGCCUCCCCGAAAUUCCGAGGCGUGUCGAAAUCCCCGGAAUUCCACACCGAAAUAUCGGUAUCGCCGCCUCCGACCCACGAUGGCCUCGAGUUCUGGCAGUACAUGAUUGCCGGGUCCGUGGCCGGGUCCGUUGAGCACAUGGCAAUGUUUCCUGUCGAUACUCUGAAAACCCGAAUGCAGGCCAUCGGUGGAUCUUGCGCUAUCGAACGGGUCGGUGUCCGGCAAGCCCUCGGUUCCAUUUUGAAGUUCGAAGGCCCUGCUGGACUCUAUCGCGGUAUUGGGGCAAUGGGGCUCGGCGCAGGACCCGCCCAUGCCGUGUACUUUUCGGUCUAUGAGUUCUGCAAAGAGGCCUUUUCCGGUGGGAAUCCGAAUAACUCGGCUGCACACGCCGUUUCGGGGGUUUUCGCCACGGUGGCAAGCGAUGCCGUGAUAACGCCGAUGGAUGUGGUGAAGCAGAGAUUGCAGCUGAAGAGUAGUCCUUACAAGGGUGUGAGUGACUGCGUGAAGAGGGUGCUGAUGGAGGAGGGAAUCGGAGCUUUCUACGCGUCGUAUCGGACUACGGUGGUGAUGAAUGCGCCUUUCACGGCGGUUCAUUUCGCGACCUAUGAGGCGGCGAAGAGAGGGUUAAUGGAGAUUUCUCCAGAAACUGCUGGGGAUGAUGAGAAGUUGAUUGUUCAUGCCACCGCUGGAGCUGUUGCCGGGGCUCUGGCUGCUGCGGUGACAACCCCACUCGAUGUUGUCAAAACUCAGUUGCAAUGCCAGGGCGUGUGUGGUUGUGAUAGAUUUUCCAGCAGUUCGAUUGGGGCCGUUAUCCAAAGCAUCGUGAGAAAGGAUGGAUAUCGUGGGCUUGUAAGAGGAUGGAUACCCAGGAUACUCUUCCAUGCACCUGCUGCUGCAAUCUGCUGGUCUACCUAUGAAGCAUCAAAAACCCUUUUUCAACAGCUCAGUGGCACCAACUCUUCAGUUUAACUAAUGGGGCCACAAAAAUCUCUCUUUACAUUAUCAGCAAGCAGCCCCAUUAGGCAGCCAACUGGUAAAGAAAUUGCUCUGCUGUGGCUGCAGCCUGCAAUAUUUGAGUUACACGAACCCAGCCAUUGUCCAUAUUAGUGGUGCUGGUAUUUCACAGGGAAAGGAUUGGGAUUUAUAUAUAAUAUGAUGCAGAGUACUGGUGUGCUCAGAUCAAAUACUUUUCAUAAUAUAUCGUUAAUUAGGUGGGAAUUAUAAUGGCUGUUGUAUUUCCACUCUCUUGCUCUGUUUUCCAUGGGUCUGUGGAAGUUCUAAACAAUUGCCCCAAUGAAACGUUAAUUUUGGAGGUUGACAUAUUGUUGGGUCAUAUUAGGUCCAUAAAUCUUAUCAUUUUCCUUCACUUC